GGGGUCCCUGGCGCCGUCGCUGCUUCGCUGCUUGUGCGGAGAAUUGCGACGUGGGUUUGGGGCUAGUGCGAGGAAAUUUUGAUGUUUCGCUCUUCUGGUGCAGCUCCGCUACUUGGGGAAGGUUUGGGGGGCGUUGACCCGAUUGUUUAAGCGGCUUUUGGUCAAAAUUUGGAGUUCUGGAGCGAUUUAGGGUUUCUUGCUGGCUAGGUGAAGUAGACAUAAGAUGAUUUCUGGGGAGUAGCCUCCGGUGUGUAGCUUUAGGUUGCUUUUGUUGGUGGUUACUAUGUCAUUUGAAGGGCAUUAAGCACCAAGCAGACGACUUUGCAUGUCAACUUUAGCAUCGGGGGUGGCAGGUGUCGGAAAAUAAUUUCUUAGGGCAAACAAAGGAUGUGGUAAAAGCAGUGAAGAAGCGAUUGCAGAAUAAGGACCCAAAAGUUCAAUUCUUUACUUUGAUGUUGUUGGAGACAAUGAUGAAGAACUGUGGUGAAUACGUUCAUUUUGAAGUUGCUGAGCAGCAUGUUUUACAAGAGAUGGUUAAAAUUAUCCAGAAGAGGCACGAUAUGCAAGUGAGGGAUAAGGCAUUAUUACUUCUGGAUUCAUGGCAAGAGGCAUUUGGUGGACCUGGAGGCAAAUAUCCACAGUAUUACUGGGCUUACAUUGAACUAAAGAGGUCAGGAGUAAUGUUCCCACGACGUCCUGUGGAUGCUCCUCCAAUAUUUACUCCUCCCGCAACACAUCAGGCCUACGGUUCACCAAGAUAUCCUACUGGAAGUCUAAAUGAGAGAAUGACAUCUGAUGUUGAGACAUUGAGUUUCCAGGGCUUGAAUAAUAUUAGAAAUGUAACAGAAUUGCUGUGUGAUAUGGUGAAUGCUUUGAACCCUGCUGAUCGCAUGUCUGUUAAAGAUGAAAUUAUCACAGAUCUUGUAAACCAAUGUCGUUCAAAUCAACAAAAGCUCAUGCGAUUUGUCAGUUCCACAGGGGAUGAGGAGCUGCUAAAGCAAGGCCUAGAAAUAAACGAUCGCUUACAGAGUGUACUCGCAAAACAUGAUGCCAUUGCUUCUGGUUCUCCAUUACCAGUUGAAACACCAAGCAGAGAAGAGUUGCACAGAGAGGAUCCAAAGCCACAGCCAUCUACACCUCCAGUUCCACAUGAUAAGGCUCAUGAUGAAGAGGAUGAAGAUGAUGAGUUCGCUCAGAUUGCAAAAAGGAAAAACAAAUCUGUGAUAAGCAGCGAUGAGGCAUCAUCCAGUGCUGGUGAUCAGGCACUGGUACCUGUUGAUCCAGCAUUUUCUGAAGUCUCAUCUUCGGUUGCGAGCAAUGCUCUGGUUCUUCUUGACCCGACUCCUGUUAGUGGUACCAGGACGAAAGAGCAGGAUAUGAUUGAUCUUCUCAGCCUCACCUUGUACAGUCCUCCUGAAGCAUCUGCAGAUUCUUCAACACAGAGCCAAAAUGGGACUCAGCAGAGUGUCAUGUCAAAUGGGCCGGAAGUACCAUCGAACUAUCAGCCUGCUGCGGCGAAUGGGGCAAAUUAUGCUUCCAGCAACCAGGUUUAUCCAACAAACCAGGGAUAUAGUCCGUACAACAACUAUGUGGCACCUUGGGCCCUAACUGGACUGGGUGCACAGACUGGAGCAUAUGCAUAUCCGACUCAACCCCCACAAUAUGCAUCUAGCUAUCCAGCACCGCCGUGGGCUAUGCCUGCAAGUGCCAACUCAACUAAUCAUUUUCAGCCUGCGACAAACCAAAUGCCAAACCCUGCUGUUGCUUAUGUUGCUCCUACAGCUACCUAUCCAGCUCCAUCACAGUCGUAUGCUGCUCCGUCAAUACAUCAUGUGCCAUCUCCAACCCCCAGGCCGAUGCAAAAGUACAACUCUUUUGUUUCUCAAACGAACAAUGGUCCGAGCAUGGCUUCAGAUGCUCGGAUGAAUUCGAAUCAACGGCCAAAGGAAACUCCAGCUGUGGCAACCAGACCGUACUACAUGCCGGACAAUCUAUUUGGCGAUCUGAUCGACGUGAAGAGUUUUGGUACUCGAAGUAAGAUGAAUAGAUCGACCAGCAUGCCUAGUCCAAAGGGUGGUGGUCAGCCUAUGAUUGGUGGAAAGAAAUAGGUCUCCUAAUGCCAAAUUUAGAUGGCCAUAAUUUAUUUAGUUGGUACUGCCGUUUGGCUUGAUGUAAAUUUGCUGUAUAUCCGUCUGCGCGCUGUUGGUUACAUUUGUUAAUUUCGAGGUUGCCGUGCGUGUAAUUUAAUAGAGAUAGUUGAGCAUCACUGCUGAAGAUGAACGAUGACAUUCUCGUGAGGGUGGCUUGUUGAUAAAACAUAACUACAUAACCAUUGCCUGUUUCUUCCCCGUUGAA